AUGUGGACGAGGUCCUUUGUCAGCUCUGUCAGCACAUGUUUUAUUUUAACAGUGAGCUGGGUUUUUUUGCCUGUGAUUUAUGUUUGUAUCUGUAGAGUUGUGCUGAAGAACACAGCUGAGGCUGUUAUCAUUCCACUGAAAAAUGGCAUCUCCUCCCUGAAUGGAGUCUACGAGGCCCUGAUUAAGGCAGAUGUAGAUCCUAUUACUGGGCAAUGCUCCAACUACAACUACAUCAGACAGCAGAUAGUGCAGGCUCAUCAACACCUGCAGAGGUCAGAACAGGUGGCCAAUUCGGGGUUAAAGAGUCUGGAUGAAAGCUUAGAGAGAUUUACAGAAGAUGAGGGAAAACUGGAACGUGAUAUAAAUGAUACAGAAAAAACUUUAGACAACUUAAGAACAAAGCAGGCAUUUAAUGAAAAAUUACUCAGAGAAUGCCAGGGAUCUCUGGAGCUGGCCAGGACAAACCUGAAUUCAACAAAACAGAUACUUCAGGAACAGGAAAGUAGAAAACACAAUGCUGAAAUAGUCACAGGUGUUGGCGCAGGGCUGAUGGUUAUACCAUUCAUUGGAUGGAUUGCAGGUUCUGCCAUGAUGAUUGGUGGUGCAGUUGAAAUGGAUCAAGCAGAAAAUGCUGUCAGAGAGGCUGAAGAAGAGGUGAGAAGGUCUUACAAUGAAGUGAAAAAUUACGAACAUAAAGUAUUGGACUACGAGUCCAAGAUUUCCUAUACCAGUCAUGACAUCAGUCAGAAAAAUGAUAAGCUGAAGAUGGCACGUGAAGGAAUCCAGAAAGUGAAGAAGCAGAUACAGGCUGUUGCUGAUUUCCAGAGCAAAGCGAGAAGGGCCGUCCAGUUCCUGGGUGUUCUGAGUGGGAGGGCCAGCGUAGCUGAACAUCAGACUCGCAGAUUCAUCCUCCAGGAGCCUGUGAUGAAGGUGAUGGAGGAUGUUAUGAACGCAAUGAAGGAGAUCACAGGGAAUGAGCUCCUGUACAACAAAGACAUGAUGAGACUCAUCGAUCAAAUGAAGGAGAACAACCUACGCCUGGCAGCCAUCUGUGCCUCAGAGAAAAAUGCUGUGGACGACUACUGACAGACUUUCAUUGUUAAUAACAUGCAUUGGUGUAAAAAAAAAAAAAUUAAAAAAUCAAAGGCUUUUCAUGUACUAGGUGCAUAAUUUUCAUGUUCUGUUCCCUACUCUGUCCCAUUGCACCAGCAUUGUAGUUAUAACAUUUCUUUUAAAAUUGCCAAA